GUGUGUGUAUUUCAGGUGAUUUCAGCCGGAGCUGACGCUGAAGUUGAGCAAAUGUCCGGUCGAGGUGAGCGUGAUUUUCAGAGCUCCGCUCGGCGCAUGGGCACCUCGUUACUGUUCCAGCUCUCGGCCCACGAGCGGGAGCUGGACCUGGUGUUCCUGGAUCACAGCUACGCCAAGCCAUGGAGCGCUCACCCAGACGCCAGCACCUCCCGGCCCGCCCGCAUGCUCUUCGUCACUCCCAGGAGACACCAAGACAACAGCAGUGAGGGGGAUGUGGUCGUGGACGUGGACACGGUGCUGCCCAGCCCACUGCCGCUGUACGAUAACCAGAAGGCCCGGAGCGUGAUGAACGAAUGCGAGCGUCACGUCAUCUUUGCCCGGACGGACACGGACGCCCCGCUGCCCCCCGACGACUGGGAAGAUCACGUCAAUCGGCUGGGCUGGACGGCGGCGCAGAAUAAACUCUUCAACAAGAUCGUGAAGGCCCUCCAGUCAGACCGGCUGGCCAGGCUGGGGAACGAAGGGGCCAGUAAUGAGCCAGUGCUGAGGAGGAUCGCGGUGGAUAAAUGUACGCGACGAGUUCGACAGGCCCUGGCCAGUGUGAACUGGGAGACCAGGCUGACACAGUGGCUGCACUCCACACUGGUCGAAUCUCUCAGUCUCCCCAUGCUCUCUGCCUAUCUCGAUGUGCUUCAGACACUGAAAUGCAAGGUCCCGACCCUGAUUGACAGAAUGAUCAUCUCAUCGACUGCCAAGUCGGGAGCAGCGGGAGCUGAGGCCCUCUCCUUACUCCUCAAACGUCCCUGGGACCCAGCAGUGGGUGUGCUGUCCCACAACAAGCCUACUAAGAUCCCUGGCUCCCCUCUCCUACUCGUGGCUCCCAAUGGGCCGACCAACAGUCUCUUGUCCACAACCCGUCGCAACCGUUUCUGGCACUCACAGCUCUCCUGUUUGGGAAAGGUGAUUCCCGUUACGAUGCAUGUAUCCCACAGCGGCUCUGGAGUUAGUGUUUCCCAGUGUCUGGAGAAUAUGAUCGCAGCCAUCAGAGCAAAGGUUCACGAGUCACAAACUCACUUCCCAACCAGACCCAUUGUCCUGAUUGGCUGGAAUGUGGGCGCUCUGGUUGCCUGUCAUGUCUCUGUGAUGGAGUUCGUGUCGGCCGUGGUGUGUCUCGGGUUCCCUCUGUUCACCACGGAAGGGCCGAGAGGGGAUGUGGACGACCCGUUGCUGGAUAUGAAGACCCCGGUGCUGUUUGUGGUCGGUCAGCACGCGGUGCAGUGCAGUGUGGACGGGAUGGAGGAUUUCAGGGAGAGGAUCCGGGCCGAGAACAGCAUGGUGAUCGUGGGGGGCGGGGACGACAACCUCAGGAUCAGCAAAGCUAAGAAAAAAACAGAGGGCCUGACCCAGAGCAUGGUAGAUCGCUGCAUCCAGGACGAGAUUGGGGAUUUCCUGACGGGAGUUCUCACCAAGUCGGAGGCUCAGGCCGGCUCCGACCCCAAAGACCUGGACGCGGAGAAGAAAAGGAAAGCCCGGGACACGCGGAGAGACUUAACCUUCGAGCUGCCCGAGCGGAGCAACCGACCCGCUUCCCCCUUCAGCAGAGUGUCCGCCUCGCCUUCCGGCUCCGAGGAUACCUCGAGCGUGUCGAGCAGCCCCAACUCCAGCCCCAAGACCAAGCCCUCCUCGCUGUCUCCCGCCCAGAAGGCCAGUCUGAUCACAGCGUCGGCCACGGCAGCCAGCCAGUCACCCAGCCUCUCCGCACACUUCACCCACAUCCUCAAGCAGCACAUGCAGAGGACGGGCACCGUGCUGACCCAGAAACAGGCACAAGCUCAGUUCGCUGCUUUCCUGAAGCAGAACAUGUUGGUGACAAAGUCUCUGCCCCCAGCCAGCUCCUCCUGCGUAUUUGUCCCCGUGUCCUCGGAGCAGCAGGACCUGGCAGAGAAAGAGGACGUUAAAAACCUGUUGAAGAGACGACAGGCUGAGAGCCCCAACCAGCUGGGGGCCAAAGCUGCCAAGAGGGCGAAGAUCAAAGUCACCAUCCUCUCCCAUGGGGAGGGUGCCUCCCCUGCUCAGCCCUUCACUGGCUCAAAAGAUGGUGUUGUUGGGAAGCCGAUGGCCCUGUCGAUGAGUCAGUCUGGAUCCGGCACAAAGGAGCUCACAGGCCUUCUCACAGGGCAGAGAUCCUCGCCUGCUGGACCCCCGGACACGACCUCUCUCACCCCCAGUGUCCUGACCAGUGGCCACACUGCCUCCGCCUUCCACAGCAUCCAGGCACGAUUGACCUCCACCUCCAGCCCAGCCACACAGUCUCACUGCAGCUCAGGCAUCUCCUCAGGAACUCCUUCCGCCAGCAGCCUGCUCCAGGGAUUGAGUUUCAGCCUCCAGGAGAUUGGGACCAAAGCCCCCAGCUUGUCCUCGGGGUCAGUGACCCACAGCCCCACUCAGCAGUGCAGCGUGGUGAAGAGCACCGUAGCAUUACACACGUUGGCUGUCAGCACCAUGACGCCCAGCACCGCAUCUCGAACAGUGAACCUCUCGACCACAGCGGGGUUGCUGAGCGGCAAACACACAGCCGUGCACCAACUACUGGCCAACGGCGGCCUGGCCAAGCUCACCAAUAACAUCUCCGGCCCGGCAGUUGUGAAGCCGCCAACAGCCAUCACAGUGACGCUGAGGAGCCAACCAGGCCACAUGGCUGCCCUUUGCCAGCCGCCCAUCCCCAGCCCCACGCCCAGCCUCUGCCACACCAUGCCCAGCCCCGGGGGGAAGCCGGGGGCAGCCGAACACAACACUAAGGGGCAGAGUCAGCAGCUCCGUGACAUCCCAGGUCUGGUUACCACCUCCCAAGCCACCACCAAACUGCUCACACAGAUGGACUUGAGCAAAGGCCACAGCGUGAUAGAGACCCCUCCAGCAGAAAAGGCUUCCAGUGUCCAGCCCACAUCCACACCUGUAGUGACGACCACAAGCCCCACGAAAACUCUGUACGUGAUGUCUGACGCCAAGAUGUGCGCCCUCACCAAGUCCAUCGUGGGCAGCCUGGAUCCCUCCUCCCUGUGUUCCCGGCCAGGAUUCAGCACAGCCAGUGCAGCGCUUACCUUCACAUCGCCAGCCCUGACCAACGCUCCCAGCUCCCCCUGUGCAGUCGUGCUCUCCAAAGUGGGCCCCCUCCUUCAGAACAACUCCAAGACCGUCCUCCUCGCCUCCGCCCCGCCACCCGCACCCCCGACCCCGACGAAGAGCGAGGGGAACCUCGGGGGGCCGGGAGACACGCUGGUGCCCGUCAGCGCCGCGCCGAACAAGAUCUCGGCCGCGGCGAGCAGCUCGGUGGAGACCCUGGGCAAGAUGCCAUCGGUGAUGGACGAAGGAAGCACCAUUAUUCACACCACAGAGACUCCUCCCUGUGCCAACCCCGGUUCGACGCCCUGUUCUCUCGCCUCCAACCCAACUCCAACCGGGGCCCCUUCAUUGGCUUUCCCCCCCACCCACAGCCCCGCACUCGCUUCCGUCAGACUCAAACGACUGGGGCCGCCUCACUAAAGCCUCCUCCGCCCGGCUCCCGACAAGGGUGGGAAUAAGACUUGUAUAUAAAACAAAACGCCUCACGUUGACACAAAACACUGCUUAUUUUUAUAGCGUUCGCUUCAUUCAUUUUCUCCCACCGUUUCGGUUCCAUGUGGCAAUUGUAAUAAAUUGGUUUGGUUUCAAUGUGUUGUGUUUUCUCGUAACCUCCC